AGCAAAAAUCUGCACAGAUUCAGAGGUGUGAUGGAGCCAGCUCACACCUUAAGAGCUGAUUGUUAAAUUUUUAGGAAUUUUUAACAAUUGUUAAAAAUGUUGGUAGUUUAAAACAGACCACGUUGUGGGUAUUUGCUCAGUUGCUGGCUUACCAGCAUACCCUUUCUCAAGAACCAUGCGACAUAGUCCUGGAGAAGAGCAAGCAUUCAUCAACGUGUCAAACAAUACAGAACAAGUUUCAAAAAACAAGUAUGCCCAUGUGUAAGUCAAACCAAUGCAGGCAAGAUUGAAGGUGUGUACACUGAAAACACUUAUUUUGAAGUGGUGACUUGAAAGCAAAAGAUACCUUGAUUCAAAGAAGCUUUGAGUUUUUAAUCUAGGAUGUCCAAGUCACCCAAGGGAUUCUCUGAAGAAUAAAAUGCUUCUUGUAUGCUAGAAAUGCUGAUGACACAUAGUCAGGGGAGAUUGACAUGCCUCGGUGGUGAGUUGGAGGACGGGACAGGCAUAUCUUUGGAAGCAGGGAUUGGCUAUAUUGCCCCUCUGUACUGAGAGGAAAAAUAGAAUUGCAAGAUUGCUAUAUUUUAGAUACAGAGCAAAAUGUUUUGUGUUAAUCUUAUAUGUAUUUUGUUUGCAUGAAGCUGACUUCUCAGCUUGUUUACCUGGAACAAUUCAACAUCCCAUCCUAGGAGACUGUCACCUAGAAGAGGAGAUGACACCUGCAGAGGUCUGAAGCAUGAGGCUUGCCUCAGUAAGGUGAAUUUAUUACCUCAUUUUAGAAUGAAAGUGUAAAUAAAAAUUGAGUAAUAGGCCAGCUGACUGAAACGAGAACCUUAAUUUGGAGGUUCCUGUUUGUGCCGCUGCAGCCACAUCAGGAUGCACGCAUAUGGUUUGAUCUGAGCCUGACCUUCUGUGCAGGCAGAAGUGUCUUCAGUCGGACUUGGGAACUGCAGUAGUGGGAGAAUUGAGUGAGUUGCUUCUCCUGGUGUUCAUCAUCUUGGAUUGAAAAAUUGACAAUAGCAUGUUUUACCUACUGAAAGUCGUCCUGAUGCCAGUGUUCCUGGGUUAUUCCUUGGGCCUGAACGACUUGACUGUUUCCGCCGUGGAGCUAACAGUUCACGUGGGUGAUUCAGCCCUUCUGGGAUGUGUUUCCCAGAGCACAGGAGAGAAACAUGUGACCAAGGUAGACUGGAUGUUCUCAUCAGAAGAGCACACCAAGGAUGAGUACGUGCUCUUCUAUUACUCCAACAUCAGCGUGCCUGUGGGGCACUUCCAGAAUCGCGUGCGCUUGGUGGGGGACAUCUUACACCAUGAUGGUUCCCUCCUGCUCCAAAACGUGAAAGAGACCGACCAAGGAAACUUUACCUGUGAAAUCCGCUUCCAAAUGGAGAGCCUCGUGUUCAAAAAAGUGGUCGUCCUGAAUGUACUGCCAGAGGAACCCAAAGAGCUGAUGGUUCAUGUGGGUGAUUCGACUCGGAUGGGAUGUGUUUUCCACAGCACAGAAGAGAAGCACGUGAGCAGGGUAGACUGGACGUUCUCAUCAGGAGAGCCUGCCAAGGAGGAGAUUGUGUUGUGCUAUCAGCCCAAACUCAGGGCACCCAAAGGGUACCCCCAGAACUGGGGCCGCUUCUGGAACCGUGUGAACUUGGUGGGAGACACUUCCCGCAAUGAUGGUUCUAUAAUGCUCCACGGACUGAAGGAGUCUGAUGGAGGAAACUAUACCUGCAGUAUCUACCUGGGGAACCUGACCUUCAGGAAAACCACUGUGUUGCAAGUGAUCCUGAAAGAGCCCCGAACACUGGUGACCCCGGUAGCCCUCAGACCAGAGAUUCUGGAUGGUAACCAGCUGGUGAUCAUCGUGGGGAUUGUCUGCGCCACCAUCCUGCUUCUUCCGGUUCUGAUACUGAUUGUGAAGAAGGCCUAUGGAAAUAAGAGUUCAGUCACUUCCACCACUCUGGUCAAAAGCCUGGAGAACACAGAGAAGGCUCGUGCAGAGAAACACAUUUAUUCCUCAAUAACCACACAAGAGGUGAACGAUGAGGAAGAAUCAAGUGGAAAAUCAGAGGCCACCUACAUGACCAUGAACCCAGUUUGGCCUUCUCUGAAGUCAGCACCAACUAGCCCACCAGACCAAAGGUCAACUGGGGGAAUGGCAAAAACAGAGCAAGCCUUCUGAGAAGAAGGGGUGGUCCUUUUUCCCUUGGCUGCACAGAGACUCUCUUUGCUGUGUGUCCUGAGUCCAUCCAUGUAGCAGUUGUUUCAGACCCUCUGCCCUCCCAGUCCUCUUCCUGUCUCCCUGCUUGGGCAGAGGGCUGAUGAUGGAGGGCUCGAAGGCCAGCAAAGAGACUGGACAGCCCUGGAGGAAGAAAGGCUGAUAAGGGGGAGCAUGGACUUGAUUCCCCUAGAGUGAGACCCUGGCCAUGGGGACCCUGGUCAGCUGCCGCAGUGGCCUCGAGUGUCCCUUCAGGUCAGACCCUCUGCUUGGACGGUGUUCUCUGUGGAAGGUUCCAGAGAAGAAUCAGAGAUAAAAACAACCCCAAAUGAUUAUUCCUGUGGCCAAUGAUCCCUAAAUAAAUGCAGUCUGUGGCAAUCA